UUUCUUUCUUUUCCUUUUCCGAUUUCAAUAUGACGGCCGCUACUAAAGAAGCUGGAAAGAAGAUCAAAAGAGAUCCCGCCAAGAACCCUAUGCGCGAUCUGCACAUCAGAAAAUUGUGCUUGAACAUUUGCGUAGGUGAAUCUGGUGAUAGAUUGACCCGUGCCGCUAAGGUGUUGGAACAAUUGACUGGCCAACAGCCCGUGUUCUCCAAAGCUCGCUACACCGUGCGUUCUUUCGGUAUUCGUCGUAAUGAAAAGAUUGCCGUACAUUGCACAGUCCGUGGUGCCAAGGCUGAAGAAAUCUUAGAACGUGGCCUCAAAGUACGUGAAUACGAAUUGAGACGUGACAAUUUCUCUGCCACCGGCAACUUUGGUUUCGGUAUCCAAGAACACAUUGAUUUGGGCAUCAAAUACGAUCCCUCAAUCGGUAUCUAUGGUUUAGAUUUCUACGUUGUCCUCGGCCGUCCAGGCUACAACGUUGCCCACAGAAAACGCAAAUCCGGUACAGUUGGUUACCCUCACCGUCUGACCAAGGAAGAUGCCAUGAAAUGGUUCCAACAGAAGUACGAUGGUAUCAUUCUUAACAGCAAGAAGUAAAUGGCAUUAUUUAUUUUUAAGUAACAUUCAAAAUUAACUAAUAUUACAAAAAGAGAUCUUGUAAUAUGGUUGUAUUAAAAAUAAAUACUUUUUCUAAAACAAAACAAAAAUAAAA